AUGCUGCCGCCGCCACUCCCCUCCUCGCGCGCGACGCGACCUGCUGCGCCUCCGCCUGGCGCCGGCGACGAUGCCGCCGGCGGCUUGGAGGGGCUGCGUCUGGCUCGCCGCCGCUGCUUUGGGGUGUCGGCGUUGGCGCCGAUCGAAAACGAGACGUUCUCGGCGGCCUACCUAGGCCUUUAA